AUGGCCACCACCACCGCCACCCACGAACCAACCCCCGUCAGCGAGGAAGAGGACGUGCACAAAUUCGCCCAGGUGAUUGCCGCGGGCUUCGCCAACGACGCCCUGAAUCGCUACCUCUUCUUGGGCCGCGAUUCACGGCCGGACCACCCCAAACUGGCGGAUUUCAACAACCGCGUCCAGCACUGGUUGCCACUCAUCAAAGCUCGCUUCGAGAACGGAGGCAUCCUUCUGCAUACUUUUGAUUGGGCCGGCGUGGCGCUGUGGCUUCCUCCAGGGAUCGAAAAGCCCGUGCCGAGCUCUUCGGCGGCCAUCUCAGAAGGGGCCGCAGAGUACCGGCGCAAGUACGACGCGCUCAAGGCGAAACAUCUCGGCGAUCGACCCCACUGGUACCUCAACCUCAUUGCCCGGUCACCGGAGAGGCUAGAAAAAGGCGCUAUUCGGAACCUAGUGGAUCCCUUCCUCAAGAAAGCUCGCGAGCAAAAUCUCCCUGUCUGGCUGGAGGCGACUAAUCAGCACGCAAGAGACGUCUAUACCCAUCUGGGAUUCAAGACUGUCGAGCUGGUGAGGAUUGGCGAGGGAGUCGUCGACGCCGAGGGGUGGGCGCGGCCAGAUGGUGAGGGUGUCUUGACGUACGGUAUGGUUGCUGGGCUCUAG